GCUCUCACCUCACCGUCGCUCUCUCGCCAUCUCUCUCGCCGUCUCUCUCGCCAUCUCUCUCGCCGUCUCUCUCGCCAUCUCUCUCGCCGUGUCUCUCUCGCCAUCUCUCUCGCCGUAUCUCUCUCUCUCGCCAUCUCUCUCGCCGUGUCUCUCUCACCGUCUCUCUCGCCGUCUCUCUCGCCGUGUCUCUCUCGCCGUAUCGUCAUCUCUGUGGGAUAAUGUCUCAAUUUAAAAGCCCCGAAGAACUAUCAUUUAACCGGGCGUCAUGCCGUUGUGAUUCAAAACCAGAUCGCGUCUUCAAACCCAGGAAUGGCAGGUUGGUUCUGCAAUGCAAGGCGAAGAAAUGCCCUGAUGUUGAGUUGUCCAGGGAACUAUAUUUUCCGGAUAUAGCUUGUCCAUACUGUAGCAAACCAACACUUCUGUUUCGUAGUAACAGUGAAAGAAAUCCUGGCAAACUCUACUACAAGUGUAUCCCGUGCGACUACUUCCAAUGGUGGCACAGAUCCAUGCAGGCAAGUUCGUCUGCCUCAUCAUCCUCUUCUGCCUCAUCAUCCAUGCAGGCAAGCUCGUCUGCCUCAUCCUCUUCUGCGAGCUUGUCUGCCUCAGCCACAAUCACAAUAGUAGGAAAUGUGUUGUCCAAUGUGGGAGAGAUGCUGAAGAAUUUAAGCGUGGAUUAAACAAGAAAGAUCAGCUUGUUUUCCUACGGAAAAUGGAGUUUCAUCUUAGGAUCUUUGCUUGUGUUUCUAAUGUUUUAGAUACUUUGCUUUCCGAACUGAUUUUAAGUUUUAACAAUCUAAUAGCUUUACUCAACUCGAAC